AUGCACAAAGUGACGGUAAGCCCUGAGCUACUCAAGCGCGGACGCAAAAGCGGCGGCCCCAACCCGCUCGGCGACAUGGUGUCGAUUCGGUACGGGUUCCAUCCCGACUCGCUGGAUCACAAGAGCAAAAUGCAGCUGGAGGAGGACAAGGACAAGGGCAAUUGGGUGCUUCGAGGCAGCGGCGGCGGGAACGGCACACACACCUUCUCCGGAGGGGUGGCGCCGGCGUCGGACCUGGAGUGUGUGCUGGUUUGGGACGCCCCCAGCAACUCGUACGUGCUUCAUCCAUUGGAUGCGACUUUGCGGGUGUCACGGGACAAGGCUGCGGGAGCUGGCACUGUGGGGGCGUCACGUGCGACCCGGACGGCCUCUCCAGAGUCCACAGACGGUCUGGGAAUCAGUUUACCGGGAGCAGGCAAGAUUGUAUCUGAGGAGGAGCUGCGCAAGAAGCGGGAAAUCGAGGCCAGGGAGGCCAAGGAAGCAGCGGCAGCAAAGGCCCAGGCCGCGGAGGAGGCCGCAGAGGCCGCACGGCUGGAAGCGGAGCUCAUGGAGGCAGACAUGGGUCUGGAGGAGGUGGAGGACGUGAAGCCGGAGCCGGUCAAAAAGGCCCCGGCCAAAAAGGCCCCGGCCAAGAAGACCGCACCGAAGAAGGCGGCCCCCAAACCGGUGGCCAAGCCUGCUGCAAAACGACCGCCCACCUCGACGCCAACAGCGGCAGCUUCGUCGUCGGAGUCAGACGUGGACGCGGACCUGGACGAUUUCGGAGACCUGGCCAACGAGCUGGAGGAGUCGCUGGAGCAGUUUUCCAAGGACGAUGACGGAGACGUGAUGAUGAUCGUGGACGACUCGCAUGAUAACAAGCCCAAACAUAGCUGGAACAUGCCUGCUGGAGGUGGAGGACCUAUGAGUCUACGGGGUUACGCAGGCGGUAGGAGAGAGGAGGAGGAGUUGUCGUCGAGUGAGGAGGAAUAA